GCCGCGCCUCACUGGCGGCGGCAGCGGCGGAGGCGACGGUGGCGGCUCUCCGAGCCGGCGCGAAUCCGGCCCCCGCAGCGGGACCCGGGCAGGUGUUGACGAGCCCUGCCCGGGCAGACGCAUGCGGAGAAUGGAAACACUUGCCCGGCAAUGUCUCUGGGCCGCCUCCUUCGCAGGGCCUCCUCCAAAGCCUCGGAUCUCCUGACCCUCACCCCCGGUGGCAGCGGCAGCGGGUCCCCCUCUGUCCUGGAUGGAGAGAUCAUCUACUCCAAGAACAAUGUCUGCGUGCACCCGCCGGAGGGGCUGCAGGGGCUGGGGGAGCACCACCCAGGUUACCUGUGCUUGUACAUGGAGAAGGAUGAGAUGCUGGGAGCCACCCUCAUCCUGGCGUGGGUCCCCAACUCUCGCAUCCAGAGGCAGGACGAGGAGGCCCUGCGUUACAUCACUCCCGAGAGCUCCCCCGUUCGCAAGGCACCUCGCCCUCGGGGCCGGCGCACCCGGAGCUCAGGAGCCUCCCACCAGCCCUCCCCCACGGAGCUGCGGCCUACCCUGACCCCCAAAGAUGAGGACAUCCUGGUGGCGGCCCAGAGUGUUCCGGACCGCGUGCUCGCCAGCCCUGCGCCAGAGGACGAGGAGAAGCUGGCGCAGGGCUUGGGGGUGGAUGGUGCCCAGCCAGCCUCGCAGCCUGCUCGCAGCCCCUCUGGGAUCUUGUCGACGGUCAGUCCGCAGGAUGUCACCGAGGAGGGGCGGGAGGCGCGGCCCGAGGCCGGGGAGGAGGAUGGCUCCUUGGAACUGUCAGCCGAGGGAGUGAGCAGAGACAGCUCCUUUGACUCAGAUUCAGACACCUUCUCCUCGCCCUUCUGCCUCUCGCCCAUCAGCGCGGCGCUGGCCGAGAGCCGCGGCUCCGUGUUUCUGGAAAGCGACAGCAGCCCCCCGUCCAGCUCUGACGCUGGCCUGCGGUUCCCGGACAGCAACGGCCUCCUGCAGACCCCACGCUGGGACGAGCCGCAGCGGGUGUGUGCCCUGGAGCAGAUCUGCGGCGUGUUCCGCGUGGACCUGGGCCACAUGCGCUCCCUCCGCCUUUUCUUCAGCGACGAGGCCUGCACCAGCGGCCAGCUGGUCGUCGCCAGCCGUGAGAGCCAGUACAAGGUUUUCCACUUCCACCACGGCGGCCUGGACAAGCUGUCCGACGUGUUCCAGCAGUGGAAAUACUGCACCGAGAUGCAGCUCAAAGACCAGCAGGUCGCCCCCGAUAAGACAUGCAUGCAGUUCUCCAUCCGCCGCCCCAAGCUGCCGUCCUCCGAGACGCACCCCGAGGAGAGCAUGUACAAGAGGCUCGGCGUCUCUGCCUGGCUCAACCACCUGAAUGAGCUGGGCCAGGUGGAGGAGGAGUACAAGCUACGGAAGGCCAUUUUCUUUGGCGGUAUUGAUGUGUCAAUCCGCGGGGAGGUCUGGCCCUUCCUGCUGCGCUAUUACAGCCACGAGUCCACGUCGGAGGAGCGGGAGGCGCUGCGGCUGCAGAAGCGAAAGGAGUACUCUGAGAUCCAGCAGAAAAGGCUCUCCAUGACUCCCGAGGAGCACAGAGCGUUCUGGCGCAAUGUGCAGUUCACUGUGGACAAAGACGUGGUCCGGACCGAUCGGAACAACCAGUUCUUCCGAGGGGAAGACAAUCCCAAUGUGGAGAGCAUGAGGAGGAUCCUGCUGAACUACGCCGUGUACAACCCUGCCGUCGGCUAUUCCCAGGGGAUGUCGGACCUGGUGGCGCCCAUCUUGGCCGAGGUCCUGGAUGAAUCAGACACCUUCUGGUGCUUUGUGGGUUUGAUGCAGAACACGAUCUUCGUCAGCUCCCCUCGGGACGAGGACAUGGAGAAACAACUGGAGUGGACGUGGGAAACAGCCCCCAAGUGUCCACUGAGGGUGGGGAGCCUUCCUGGCCAUGGAGCAGUUGCCAGUGUCCUGCCACGCCCGGGCACAACACUCUGCCUCACCCUGGACCACACCACAGCCUCCGGAACAGUCAAAUCUGGGAGGAACUGUCAGAGGCAGCUGUACCUGCGGGAGCUGCUGCGGCUGACGCACGUGCGCUUCUACCAGCACCUGGUCUCGCUGGGGGAGGACGGCCUGCAGAUGCUCUUCUGCCACCGCUGGCUCCUGCUGUGCUUCAAGCGGGAGUUCCCUGAGGCCGAGGCGCUGCGGAUCUGGGAGGCCUGCUGGGCCCACUACCAGACGGACUACUUCCACCUUUUCAUCUGCGUGGCCAUCGUGGCCAUCUACGGGGAUGAUGUCAUCGAGCAGCAGCUGGCCACGGACCAGAUGCUCCUGCACUUCGGAAACCUGGCCAUGCACAUGAACGGGGAGCUCGUUCUCCGGAAGGCGAGGAGUUUGCUGUACCAGUUCCGCCUCCUGCCCCGCAUCCCCUGCAGCCUGCAUGAUCUGUGUAAGCUAUGCGGGACAGGCAUGUGGGACAGCGGCUACAUGCCCGCGGUGGAGUGCACCGGCCACCAUCCAGGCUCGGAGAGCUGUCCCUACGGGGGCACGGUGGAGAUGCCUUCCCCCAAGCCCCUGAGGGAAGGCAAGAAGGGCCCAAAGACGCCGCAGGACGGCUUCGGCUUCCGCAGAUAGGUCAGGCCCCCGACGCUGGACAGGGGUUGAGGGGACCUCCCCAGAGGCCCCGGGCACGGGAGGGGGUGGGGCUGGGCGUGAAGGGGACAGGGGACGGUAGAAACCUAAGGAAAAUGCUUUUGGGCAACAUGAGAGGAAGCUUUUCGUAUUAAUGACAAAAUUAGAGUCCAGAAGUGACAGAAGUCAGACCUACAGCCACCCAGAGGAAAGUCAGCUCCUGAAACGCUGCAGUUGAACGUGCAGCCACCGCACCUGAGAUGCAGGCUGGCUGGGCUCUCCUGCUGGCUGCCCUGGAGGAUUUCAGCAUGUUCCAGGAUUUGCUCCAGCCUCGCGGGCAGCCAGGCACUGAGGAAAGCAGAGACAGGAGAGGAAGGCCUCACCCACCCACUGUGUCGAGGGCUGCAGAACAGAGCGGGGUCCUGUCCAGGCCUGGAGGCAUCUUUGCAAGCCACACACGCUUCCUCAUGAGACCUCGUUCUCUCGGAGUGAGCCAAACACACUUCCCAAAGCCUCCCCAGCCACAGCUGGGAUACCAAUGGAAAGACAUCUGCCAUAAAAAAAAGAAAAAGAUAAAAAGCCCAACCGAUGUGGGGAUAGAGAGGCGGAAGAGCAGUCAGGCUUGAGGACCUGGUGCUUGUAAUGUUUAUCCAUUUAAACAUUUCGUCCUGGUACAUGAAGGGAACUGCCUGCCCAGGAGCCUGAACCUCAGGCUGUUGGAGAAGCAUCCGAUGCCUUUUUCUUUGCUGGGCGUCUUCUAUGUGAGGUUCCUUGGCGUUGUUUAAGGUCAACGCCACCACAUACAGCAACCAGCUGGGGCUUGAAUGGGUCGAUGUGUGGGUGUGUCCCUGAGUGCGUGCAUGCGUGCGUGCAUGCAUGUUUGUGUUUGCAAGAUCCUCUGAUGAUGAUCUGCUUUGUCCCAGGGACGUGGUAGUGUAUUAGCUGACCAACCAAGACAAGGACACCUGGAAAUAGUUGGACUCUUCCACUUCUCUUCAGGACCUGCGAACUCAGAUAUGUAAGUCAGCUUCUCAGGUGAUGGGACGUGAGAGCGACCACAGUGAAGGAGCCAGCACUCAGGGCUCUCCGCCUUCUACGUGGGAAUGAGGUCUUCCCAGCAGACUCUCCCUCUUCCAAAGAUUGUGUAUCAGUUGCUCCUUCUGGGAUUUAGAGAUGGGCAGAAAAGGGUAUGCGAUCUAUGCUGUGAGAGCUCCCAGCCAGCUUAGAAGUGUCGAGCCAUUUGCACAGAAAGCCACUCCUUGAGCAAGGAGACCAAAUCCCUCCUGAAAUCCUCCAUCGCGUCCUUCUGGGGAGAAAAGCCCUUGAUGUGCUGAGAACCAUCAUGGGGACCACGAUAGAGGCCUUCUUCCCACUCAAAGCUUUUCUCCCUGGAGGGUGGGCACUGCUGGGCCAUGCCACUUCAAAGCAGUGUUUCUCAGCAGGAAAGGGGAGGUCACCACUUACCGGCUUCCUCCACCUUCUCGGCUUCUCUUUUCUCCAUGAACCCAGGUUGUCCAGCAGGUACUUCCAAGUUCCCAGGUCUGUCUGCCCAAGAGCCUUUAGGGGAGACUGUCCUGGAGCCCCAUCAGUGCCCAGAUCCUGGGGUACCGACCAUUGCCGUCUAGCAGUGGGGGACCCUGUGGUGGGAGUGGGAUGGGCUUCUCAUCCACGUUGCUUCUGGGAAGAGAGGGUUGCCUUUCUGGGCUGGGGAGGUGGCUAGAGCAUCUGCCCUCACCCUCUGCUAGAAACUAGUUAUAUCCAUUGCCACAGCAAUACUGUGUAACAAAUCCGCCAACACUCGGUGGCCUGCAACAAUCAGCACUGAAGUAGAGCAGGAGUCAGCAGUCUGGGCGGGGUGAUUCUUCUGGUCUAGGCUGGGCUUGUUCGUUUAGGGCCAGUGGGCUGUUAAGUCCCAGGGGAUGCUCAUGGUGCAGAGGUCGGACCUGGCCCUGCUCUGUGGUCUCUUGCAUCCCUCCUGCAGGCCAGCCAUGGCUCAGCCAAAGGCACGGAGGGAGAGACAGCAAGUGCCUUUCCAAGCCUUGGCGGACACCACACCUGCAGCCCUCCCCUUGGCCACAGCAAGUCACGUGGCUGGGCUCAGCAUUAAGGGGUGGGGGACAGGCCUGCCCCUUUAGCGUCCGCUCUGCACAGUUGGGUGGCAAUAGGCUGAGAAUUUGGAGGGCUAAAGAACUGGGACUCUGGAGAGUCUGUGUCCUAAUAAUGCCUGCUUUGGAGCACUCCUUCCCCACUCGCCCUCUCCAGGAGAAUAGCAUCCCCGCUCCUAGCAUUUCACUAGAUACCUCGUGCCUUUGAGCUGCUGUGUUUGGGCGGGAGGAAGCGGAUAGGCAGGUCCAGGGCUCCCCUCACUUGGGAAGGUCCUAGUAGAAGGCAUUCCUUCUGAGUCUCCUGGCCCUGCAGCUUCUCACCCCUGCUGCAUCCCAAGACCUGACCCAGACCAAUCAGCUGCAUCUCCGCACCAAGUGUCACCCCCGCCAUGCACCGCUCGCACCUCACGCUCCCCAUGGGCUGGCCCGGACCCCAGUGAGGUCUGCACCUCUCGGAACCAGCCAGGACCUCAGAAGCUGUGACCCGGGUGUUCAGGGCUUGGUGGAGGAGAUGCUGCUGGGGAGGCGGGGCGGGGGGGGGGGGGGAUGGAGAAGCCCCGCCCCUCUGCAACUCCCUUAAUCUGGAUGCAAUUAGAGGAAACCAGCCAAAAACCCUGCGGCAGCUGUUGUCCCGGGAUUAUUCCCAGCCAGCGAGAGGCAUUAGGGCGAUAAUUCAGUCAUUAGACUUCUAGCCUUCCCACCGCCAGAACGUGCAAAUAGGGGAUAAUCAGCCCUGCACGGCCAUCCUCAGCAAUGCUGCUUAUUUAACCCAUUUUUUAAAAUGACACUUAAUGUUAUUGGCUGGCGUACGUGUGUGCGCAUACUUAAAAGUUGACGCGUGGUGCGGCCCUGCUGCUAAUGUCUGUGCUGACAGCGUCCCCGAUGUUGCUCAGGGCCUCUGGGAAGAGAGGGCACCUUUGAUGUGGGCGUGCUGGCACCCAAGAGACAGCGUGGUCAGGCUCGAUGCUUGCUAGCCCUGGAAGGUCCUCCCAGGGUUGGGUGGUCGGGUGAGCACUCAGAGAUCUGGGGAGGAAGCGAGGAGCCUGGUGUCCUCACCAGAUGCAGAGGGGAAAUGUGUACUCCAGAAGGUUCUGACUCAAGUCUCAGCCCUGAGGACCCAGAACUCACAAGUCAUGGACCAUGUACUGAGGGAAGGAGGGAGGGCGGGCCCCAGCCCACCCCUGCGGGGGAGGAGGAGGGUCUCAAGGUGGGAGGGCAGCUCCCUGAGCAGCCACUGUUCCUGACCAGCCAAAGUGCCGGGCGGGGGGAGGUUUCCACGUCCAGGAGGGAGAGGACCUCCACCCACUGACCUUUCAGUUUUCCGUAGCAGCCCAGCGUGAAGCUCGGCAGGGGCCGGCAGGGCAUCAGGACAAGAUGAAGAUGCUGGUUCUGGAAUGAGGCCUCCCCUUGGGCUAAAGGGUAGUGGUUGGCAGAGGUUGCCCAGCUCUUUUGGAGGCCACAGGGAAUAGAGGUGGGGUGGCAACAGGAAAUAGGGUGCGGGCUGUAGACCAUAGUGGGUGGGGUGGUGCUUCCGUUCCUGUGAGGCCUGCCCCCCUGAGCCCCCUCGUCUGCUUCUUGUUUGGCAGAAACAGCUCUGGGGCACAGCCCCCAGAUGAUGGGAAUCUGCCCACGCUGUGCCCUCUGGGGAAGGAAAUCUUGCCCCUUGUGCAGCCUCCCCUUUCCCUUGCGGGGGGGGCUGGGGGUGCCAGGGCUCCCCCCUUGGAGGGGGUGCUGGGGGUGCCAAGGCUCCACCCUUGGAGGGGGGGCUGGGGGUGCCAGGGUUCCACCCUUGGCUCACUGGGCAGAGGGAAGGAAGCACCUCCCUGUAUGCUCUGCAGGGGCCCCUGCAGGCCACUUUGCCUCAGAGGAAGGAGGAGUGGUCCCCUGGGAAAACACACACACACACACACACACACACACACACACGCAAGUACAUGCACACACGCACGCAUGCGCGCACACACACACGUGCAGGGGUGCAGCCUAAGUCAGUUGGGCCAGGACUGGCUGCCCAGCUGGGCCUGCCCCAUUCUUGGAGUCCCCAGGGGAUGAGCCUCAGGAUCCACUUUGUCCCUUGUUUCUAAGCCAGGCUGCACGGCCAUUCCUGGGUGUGAAAGCGUUCUGUCCUGUCUCCAGUCAGAGGGAACUGCCCCCAAACUAGAAAGCUAAUUUCCCCCAAAGGUUCCUGAAGCCAGAGGCAUGCCCUUGGGGGUUGGUCGGUGGGAGGGACUGGGGUGAGAGGCAGUGCUGUGGAAGGGGCCUGGCCCCUGCUGCCUGCGACUCUCCACAGGUGUGUGGCCUUCUGCCUCCUUCAGCCUCAGUUUCCUCGCCUGUAACAUGAGAACAACGAUGCCUGCCUGCCCAGGCCAUCUCCUGGGACUGCAGUGGGGACUCUUAAGUGUAAAACUGUCAUGAGGAUGGUUUAUGAAGCCCCAGGGACCACACCUGCCACUCAGGGAAGAGACCGCUGACCUCAGCCAUCAGCUGCGUGCAUUGUGAGGGGCGGUGAGCUCAGGACGGAGAGCUCUGCCCUGGUUCAGAGUCAGCACACCUGCACUCCCUUCCACACGCCCACCCAGCUGUGUGUCCUCCGCCGAGGGCAAGCCUCUCUGUGACUCUUCUGUAAAAUGCACCCCAUUCUGCCGACUCCUGCCACGAGACCCAUCCUCAGCGAUCCCGCCAGGCAUGUGUGCGUGAAUGCACGUGCAAAGCUCUCCGUCAGAAGGGUGGUGUGGGCCCUGUAGGUCCUACCCCUUGGCCUUGAAGCUCCCUCAGGCUGCGGACUCUGGCCUCCUGGGUCUGGCGUUAGAACCAGGAGAGGGGUGUCCCUGGGCAGAGCCAGAGGUGCAAACAGCCUGCAGCCAUCUGGCUUUUUAAGUAUAUUGCGUCGCAUUUCCAGAUAGGAAGGUAGCAUUUCAAGUUCAAAGAGAGAUCGAGUCAUGCAACCAUCUUUCCUCCAGCACUUUUGGGGUAAGGAGGACAGUUUUUGUUAUGGUUUAGGGGAAAUUUUCAUGAAAUUUCCACCAAUAGAUUACUGAUGUCCAUGGCAAGUGAUCUGUUCUUGGUAUUUUGUUUUGUUUUGUUUUGGUUUUUAAAUGUAAUCGCCCAUUGGUCAGGCCCAGGACUGGUCACCAUGAGCUCUGCUAGCCACGGCCCCAACGAUGCUUCCGGCUCUCAUGGAUUCCACAGCAAAUAAAACUGUACUGACAACAGA